AUGGGCAAGUGGAGCAUCGGGCGAAAGCCGGGCCGCGCACUCGGACUCCUGCUGCUGGUGAUCUUGAGUUUCCUGGUGCUCUGCAGGUUGGAUUGGUAUAAUCUGCUCCCUGCGUGGCUAAGACACCGGCAGUCAGGGCUGCAGGCCAACGGCCAAUACUUCAUGCUGGAGGACUCCACUUUCUGGAUCUUCGGGGGCUCCAUGCACUAUUUUCGUGUGCCUAAGGAAUACUGGAGGGACCGUUUGCUGAAGAUGAAAGCCUGCGGCUUGAAUACCCUCACCACCUAUGUUCCAUGGAACCUCCAUGAGCCAGAAAGAGGCAAAUUUGACUUUUCUGGGAACCUGGACCUGGAGGCCUUUGUGCUGAUGGCUGCAGAGAUCGGGUUGUGGGUGAUUCUGCGUCCAGGCCCCUACAUCUGCAGUGAGAUUGACCUUGGGGGCUUGCCCAGCUGGUUACUCCAAGAUUCUGGCAUGAGGCUGAGAACGACUUACAAGGGCUUCACCGAAGCAGUGGACCUUUAUUUUGAUCACCUGAUGUCCAGGGUGGUGCCACUCCAGUACAAGCACGGAGGCCCCAUCAUUGCUGUGCAGGUGGAGAAUGAAUAUGGUUCCUAUAACAGAGACCCUGCGUAUAUGCCUUACAUCAAGAAAGCCUUGGAGGACCGAGGUAUUGUGGAAUUGCUUUUGACUUCAGACAACAAGGACGGCCUGCAAAAGGGAGUCAUGGAUGGAGUGCUGGCCACCAUCAACCUGCAGUCACAACAUGAGCUGCAGUUAUUAACCAACUUUCUCUUAAGUGUGCAGAGGGUUCAGCCCAAGAUGGUGAUGGAGUACUGGACAGGGUGGUUUGACUCGUGGGGAGGCCCACACAACAUCCUGGAUUCUUCUGAAGUUCUAAAAACAGUGUCUGCCAUCCUCGAUGCUGGCUCCUCCAUCAACCUCUACAUGUUCCAUGGAGGUACCAACUUUGGCUUCAUAAAUGGAGCCAUGCAUUUUCAUGAAUAUAAAUCUGAUGUCACCAGCUACGACUAUGAUGCUGUGCUGACAGAGGCUGGGGAUUACACAGCCAAGUACUUCAAGCUCCGAGGUUUCUUUGGCUCUAUCUCAGGUGUCCCUCUUCCUCCCCAACCUGACCUCCUUCCCAAGACUGCGUAUGAGCCCUUGAGACCGAAUUUAUACCUGUCACUGUGGGACGCCCUACAGUACAUGGAGGAGCCAGUCAAUUCUGAAAAACCAGUCAAUAUGGAGAACCUGCCAAUAAACAAUGGAAAUGGACAGUCCUUUGGGUACACUCUGUACGAGACCACCAUUGCUUCAUCGGGCAUCCUCAGUGGUCUUGUGCGUGACCGGGGACAGGUAUUUGUGAACACAGUGUCUGUAGGAUUCUUGGACUAUGAAAGGAAGAAGAUUGUUAUUCCCUUGAUCCAGGGUUACACCAGGCUGAGGAUCUUGGUGGAGAAUCGCGGGCGAGUCAACUACGGGGAUAACAUUGAUGACCAGCGCAAAGGUUUAAUUGGAAAUAUCUAUCUGAAUGAUUCUCCCCUGAAAAAAUUCAGAAUCUACAGCCUGGAUAUGAAAAAGAGCUUCUUUCAGAGGUUCAGCGUCGACAAAUGGAGCCCUAUCCCUGAAGUACCUACGUUCCCUGCUUUCUUUUUGGGUGCCUUGUCUAUUUCCCUUUCCCCUUUUGACACCUUCAUGAAGCUGGAGGGCUGGGAGAAGGGGGUUGUAUUCAUCAAUGGCCAAAACCUUGGACGCUACUGGAACAUUGGACCCCAGGAGACCCUCUACCUCCCAGGUGCCUGGUUGGACCAAGGCAUCAACCAGGUUAUUGUUUUCGAGGAGAAGAUGGCAGGCCCUGUGAUACAGUUCACUGAAACACCCCACCUAGGCAGGAGCCAGUAUCUUGAUUGA